ACAGCGCAUGCGCAGUUAACACGGUCCGCAUUUUGCCGCCCUCGCGCUAUUGCCUUUGAAAGAUGGUUUUUGGCAGUGUGGAACAAUAACAAAUUCUUUUACGUUUUUAACACGAAUACAGAACCAUGCCGAUCUCCUGUUCAGCUACUGAUUGCUCAAAUCGGUUUGCCAAAGGGUCAGAGAUCAGAUUCUACAGGUUUCCAAUCAGCAAGCCUCAGCUAGCCGAGCAAUGGGUAAGAAACCUUGGGAGAAAGAACUUUAUUCCCACUCAGAACUCCUGCUUGUGCUCGGAGCAUUUCCAGCCUGACUGUUUCCGUGACUAUAAUGGAAAACUGUUUCUCAGAGAGGAUGCCGUGCCCACUAUUUUUGCAAACUCUGGAGGAGAUCGUACAAAGAUUGAGUUACGGAAAAACAGAGGAGGAUUUGUGGCAAAGGAUGCAAAUGAUUCCAGUCGGUUUAGUUCACUUUCUGAUAAAGACAGAGCCAAACAAAUCACAAAAGACAGAAGACAACCUGUAAGAGACUCUAGCCUGAAGGCCAGAGGUGUGAAUGACCGGAGACGUGCAGGGAAGCUCUCGUUAGGUGACAGACAGACCCUGUCUCUUAAGAGUAAAGUGUAUGACAGCAAAGGCCUGUUGAUCUCAUGUGGAAGGGAUUUGUGUGACUGUCUAGAUGUAGACUGCAUGGGUUGCUUCUACCCAUGUCCUGAGUGUGGCUCAAGGAAGUGCGGUGUUGAGUGCCGAUGUGACCGGAAAUGGUUGUAUGAGCAGGUGGAGGUAGAGGGGGGAGAGAUCAUUCGCAACAAGUUUGUCAGUUAGCUACUGGAAGACCAAGAAGAUGACACCACUUCUGCUUCUGAGCAGAAAAGACUGUCACUGGCUUGGAAUAUGGACAUUGCAGAAGUGCUUGGUUCAUUUGCAACAUUGUUUCUUCUUUUUAAUUUAAAAGUUUAAUAAAUAAUGUUGUCUAAUGUGUUUUAUUCUCCCAUGUUAUCACAGUUAUUUUCAUUUCUGUAAUCUUUCCUGGAUUGUUCGACUUUUAGUUAUGCUGUAAUGCUGUAGCUGUUUUUGGCACUUGAAAUUUGUUUUCACUCUUAUAAAAAUAAAAUCUGAACAUAAGCAGA